CUUCACAGGACGGCAUCUCGAUCACUGCUUGAGUAGAUUAGAUAAGGAUAGUUUAACGCUCAAGUGAUUGAUUGUUCCUAACAAAUUUCCUGUCAUCAUUCAGAAGGGACAUCUUGGGCUCCCCUGGGUUAUCAUGGCGUGUUUUGCUGUGAUUAUUCUGUCUGGAUUCAUCAGCAUCUCAGCAGCAAAGGAAACAUGUGAUCGCUAUGCUGCAGUUGGACAGAGUCGGACUCUGACUCUUGACUUUAAAGGACUGGAAAACAAAAAUGCGCUGAAAUGGUCUCACAAUAAUAAGACCCUGUUUCUCAGAGAUGGACGAGGCAAUGUGUCUGUCGGAAAGAAAGGGGACGUUUCUGCAACCGGAUCUCUUGAGCUGAAGAACCUGCAGUUCUCCGAUGCUGGCGUUUACGAAGGAGAGGUGCAGUCUUUCAAAAGACCUUUGCCGAAAACAUGGAGAGUCUGUGUGAUGGACAAGGUGUCAAAACCUCAACUAACUUAUGUGUGUGACUUGAAGUCCAGCACUGUUAAUCUAAACUGCAAUGUAUCCAGGCCUCAGGAUUUGGAUUUCUCAUGGAUGCUCAAUGACAAGUCGUUAACAGGGGGAAGACAAACGUUGGGCGUACCGAUUCCACUGUUGAAAGAGCAGAGGAGCUUCACAUGUAGCGUGGCGAACAGAGUCAGCAAGGAGAGGAGUGACGCUGUUCGUCCAACCUGCCCAAGUAUGCUUUGUUUAUCACCCAAAACAGUUGUGGCAGCGGUCGCAGGAGGAGUGAGUCUGAUUCUGUUUUUGAUCGUCAUCAUCGUUGUAUUAUGUUUCUACUACAGAUGCAACAAGACUCAAAAUGGACUCAGGGAGAAAUGGGUAAUCAGAAUGCUUUCUCUAAACAUGCUAGAGCGGGACUCCAUCAGCCCAGAUUAUGAGACCAUGAACCCGGCUGAGAACCCUCCUCCUCCGAGCCCUAAGCCUAUACCGAGAGCAUGUUACCAGAACGUUCCUCCGCCCGAAGCUCAGCCUGGAAACGGCCCUGUGCAGCUGUCCAACAUCGCUGAGAGACAACAACCUUCGCCUGUGCCGAAGCCGAGGACCAAGACAACAAAUAUCGGAAUGUUUCUCCCUCAAUAAACUUUCAGCGACAACGAAAAAAAGACAUUUGUGGCUUAAAAACAUACAACUUAAAGUUUACAUUUUAAUUUUGCCUAGUCUUUAUCGCUGUAUCAAAAUUUUUGUAGGAGUGAUGGGUAAAAUGUUUAUAAAU